UUGAAUGUUAGUAGGCCUAUAAAAUAAUAUAAUUGUCCCAUUUUUAUUUAGCAUACAAUGUCGCUCAGUAUUUUUUAUUAUUUAUUGUCUACAGUAUUUUGUGCAAAUUGUAUUUGUCACAUGCGCAGACUAUAAGAAGUGUUAACUUUACCGAGAAAUGCUUACUUACGAGCCCUUUCCCAACAAUGCAGAGUAAGUAAGAGAAAUGUGUGCCAAUCAUUUGGUCAAAUGUAAACCUUUCCAUUCACAUGAUAUUAUCUCAGUAAAAUCUGUGACGCUUGGCUUUACAGCCUACUAACAUGACCCAACUCAACGCUGUCUUUAGGGAGGAGUGUACUUUAAAAACGCUGCUCAAACAAAGUCUAAGUGCACAGGAUUCCUUAACCUCCAUUAAGAACACUGUCAUAGCAACCUCAUAGCCAGCAACAUGGUUGAGUGGACAGACUUUGAGCGCGCCACAAUCCAAAGCAUCUUCUCAAAGAUGAACUACGAUGACGUAGGCCCCGCGGCUCUUUCCAGGUGUCUGGUCGUGUACCCCUGGACCCAGAGGUAUUUUGGUAACUUCGGAAACCUGUACAACACCGCUGCCAUCCGGGGAAACCCAAUGGUCGCCGCUCACGGAAAGACAGUCCUGCACGGACUGGACCGGGCUGUCAAGAACAUGGAUGACAUCAAGGCCACCUACGCAGAGCUGAGCGUCCUGCACUCCGAGAAACUGCACGUGGAUCCCGACAACUUCCGGCUGCUGGUUGACUGCCUUACUAUUGUCGUUGCUGCGAGAAUGGGUACUGCCUUCACCGCUGACGUCCAGGGUGCUUUCCAGAAGUUCCUGCCGGUCGUGGUGAGCUCCCUGGGCAAACAGUACCACUAGAGCAAACAGUACCACUAGA